AUGCCCAUUGCAACCUCACCCAAACUCAAGGUCGCCAUUGUUGGGGCGGGCCCAGGUGGUUUGGCAACCACCAUUCAGUUCCGCCGUCUGGACAAUGUCGAGGUGCAAGUUUUCGACCAGGCGCGCGAGUUGCGUGAGGUCGGAGCAGGAAUCAGCAUCAACGACAACACAUGGCGACUGCUUCAAGAUCUUGAAGCCGCAGAUGCCUUGGAGCAGUUUACCAGCCGCUCUGAGAAAGGCGUUGUAGACUCACAGCAUCGCAACGGUCGCACCGGCGAGCUCCUCGCCGAAUCUGUCCACACUGGCCACACCGACAAACCUCCCCGUUCCAGGAUUGAGCGGUACAAGCUUCAGAAUGCCCUCCUGUCGCGCCUUCCCAAAGGUCUUAUCCAACUCUCGAAGAAGCUCGCCUCCAUCGCCGAAACCGACAAGGGUGUGUUCCUCACAUUCACCGACUCGAUCACCGCCGGCCCUUUUGACUUGGUGGUCGGAGCGGAUGGUAUCCGGUCUGCCGUUAGGCAGCACAUCUUCCCCGACCACCACUUGUCGUACACUGGCAAGGUGGCAUACCGCGUCCUGAUCCCGCAAGAGAAGGUCGCACAUAUCCCCGAUGUCCCAAAGGCAAGCGUCUUCUGGCAUACACCAACCACGCACGUUUACACGUGUCCUCUGGACAACGGGCUGUUUGAGAUUGCAACCCGUGCCAUUGAGGAUGAGGAGUACGGCUCCAAGGUCUCCUGGGGUCGAACUGUGACAAAGGACCGUGUGGUGCCCCACUACGAGGGAUACUGUGACACGAUCCGAGCCGUUAUCGACGCGCCGGACGAGUGGCUCGAGUUUGCCAUUUUUGGCGGCCCACGUCUUCUGGGGUCGGUCACCUCCAAUGGCCGUAUUGUCCUCAUUGGCGAUGCUGCCCACCCCUUGUCUGGAGCAUUUGGUUCUGGUGCUGCCUUUGCAUUUGAGGACGCAUACAUCUUGAAGCAUGCUCUCGAGUAUGCUCAAGAGAAGGGCAAGUCCACAACAUACGCACUGGACCUAUUCGAUUCGAUUCGUAGUCCCCGCUACGAAGGACUUUACGAGGUCCUCGACCGCGGUCUCGACAACGUCAAGGACGUCAAAUCCCAAACUCUUCCGCCCGACGAACACGUUAGCGAGGUCAUCAAGCGCAACUGGAAGGGUGGAGAGGAAGGGGGAUGGAUUUACGGAUACAAUAUCAAGGAUGUCUGGGCAGAGCGCAAGGCCGUGGAGGACGCCAAAUUGGCGAAGGUGCCACUGCCCACAGUCUCCCACGCGGAGCAAGUUGCGACUGUUACUGUGAGCGCAUAG